AUGGGGGCGCCUGCGGCACCCGGAAAUGGGAUGCAGGGGGACGAAGGCGGAGGUUCCCCGUCGCCCUCUUCGGGAGGGGGUGACUUCGGCGGUGGCGAUGACCCCGCCGACAACAGCAGCAACAGCAACAACAGUAGUGGCCCCAGCUACGUCUCCAACAACCACGACGGAGGCGGCAGCGAGCCACUCAGCGGCGACUCUGGUGAUGAGAGCAGCGGCGGGAGCGAGCCCUUCAGCAGCACAUCUAGCCACGACGGCAGCAACGACGACGGUGACGGCAGCGAGGCCGUCGACCCCGGCAGCGAUGACGAUGGCGGCGGCGAGACAGGCGACCCCGGUGAGAACGAUGAUGACGGCAAUAAAGGCGGUGAGCCUGCGACGCUCGAGGAGUUGAAGUACGACCCCGCCGACAGCCGCUACCCGUCAGGAACGGGAGGGAAGAAACUUCUUUGGGGAGAGUCGAGCGCCGGCCAGCUGCGCCAUGUGCUCCAGCCCGGCCGCACCCGGAAGCAGACCCGGGAGUUGCGGAGCUCCGAGGAAGAGCCGAGCGAGGGGCCAGCCCCCGAGGAGGCGCCGUUAUCAACUGUCCUGGAGACCGAGAACGGUCCGGAGAUCGUUGCGGAAUAUAUCCGCGAAUCGCUGUUGGAGGAGCGCAUGCAAGACGAGCAAGCGCACCGUGAGGAGCUGAAGAAGCAGUUACAGUACGAUCUAGUGAAGGCGCUCCAUCCUGAUGCAGGGGAGCUGGAGCUGGCAUUCAGUGCAAACGAAAAGGACAACGGGUCUCCGCAACCACUCCUUGACCCAGAGCUAAGUGUUCCCUCGCCGAUCGGGCAGAAGCCUAACGAUGUAGAGGCUGUCCCGCUCAUAUACAGAGAUGCGAUGGAUUCCAAGUACAAGGUGUUUUGGGAAGCGGCGACAGUGAAAGAGAACGGUGCUUCUGCAUGCCCGUCUACGACGUCCAUCAAAACCGUGGUUGUCGUAGCCAACGAGAAGAAAACUAAGAUGUUCCACUGGGACAUUAAACAAGCGUACAUUCACGCCAAGCUCAAAGAAGAGCUUUUUCUCAGGGUUCCCCAGGGUUGUGGUGACAUGUCUGGCAAGGUGUGUAAGGUUGAGCGUGCACUGCAUGGCCUGAAACAAAGCGUUCGCGAAUGGGGGUUUGAAGCUGCUGAUUCCCUCGUCGCGAAUGGGUCCGAGCAGUGCAGGGCUGACCCGUGUGUUUUCCGUAGGAUGGUUGACGGAGCGGUCGUAGGUCUGAUCAUGACCUACGUAGACGACAUUUUGUUGGUGGCGUCCGAGCAAGAGCGUCAAGAGUUGCUUGCUUCCCUCCAGAAGAUUUUUCCGGUGAAGGACUUGGGAGAAUGCACGUGGUAUGAUGGGAUUGGCAUUGAGUUGGACCUAGAGAACGGCAUCACCAAAUUGUCCCAGACGGCAUACAUCGAGAGCAUCAUCAAGCGGUUUAACGUGACUUCUACCGCCCCCACGCCUGCUGUCCCCGGCGCUGACCUAGGGCCGAAACGAGAUGACGAGCCCACGGUGGACAAGCCAGUGAGGGAGGCACUCGGGUGCCUGAUGUGGGUGGUGCAUACGAGGCCGGACAUCGCUCUGCCGUUGAACAAGGUCCAGAAGGUGGCUCACUCUCCCACCGACAGGAUAUGGCAGGCGCUUCUGAGGGUCAUGUCUCACCUCAACGCCACGAAGGACCUGAGCCUCACCUACGUGCGGGGGUCAGGGCUAGAUCUGGGAGUGUGGGUCGAUGCCAGCUACGCCGACGACGUUGUUGACAGGCUCAUCCUCNAGCCGGACAUCGCUCUGCCGUUGAACAAGGUCCAGAAGGUGGCUCACUCUCCCACCGACAGGAUAUGGCAGGCGCUUCUGAGGGUCAUGUCUCACCUCAACGCCACGAAGGACCUGAGCCUCACCUACGUGCGGGGGUCAGGGCUAGAUCUGGGAGUGUGGGUCGAUGCCAGCUACGCCGACGACGUUGUUGACAGGCAGUAUCUAGCAGCCGGGGAGAGAGUGAAGGAGGCGUUGCAUGUGCGUGCGGUUCUAUCUUUCGUAGCGCCUGAGACGAGUGGGGUGAAGAUCCAGGUCCUUGAAGACAACAAGGGAGCUCUUGCCCUGGUGCAGAACCCCUUCAGCUCGGCGAGGAGCAAGCACAUCGACGUGCGGUACCACUUUAUCCGCGAGCUCUUCAAGUCGGGGAAGAUCACCGCAGAGAAGGCCCUGAUGAACCUCCCGGAGUAG